AUGCCAAUACCAAUUUUACUGACAUCCACGAACGUUUUACCGACACCACCAAUUUACCGAAAAUUAUCUGCGUUCUUAAUGCCUAAAGAACAAAAAACAUUGGAAAAUAUUAUUCGUGGAACAUACUUGUCAUCUCAGCUUAGGGUUGUAGCGUUAGCGUCUAUAAAACGUUAUGCUGCUUGGCUUUGUAACGAUGGUUCAACAUAG